AUGAAUAAUGGUGGAAAGGAAAAGUUUUUAGUUGGAUCAAUACCAGCUCGGAAUCACGUAGCAAUAUUUGUAUUAAAGUAUUCGUGCACUACAGUUCUUUGGUAUGGAAAGGCAGAUAUGUAUUCCCUCUUCUACGUAUUUAAUCCUCAUUGCGAUGAAGAAGAUACGAGCCGACUGCUUCGUCAGCUGAGCAGAAUCAACCGUCCUCUCGGCAUCACCUUCCGUCAGAUGACCAAGCUGAUGGGCCAGUGUCAGCAGGUAACUUCACGGCUCUACGAUCAGAUUGAGGGAGUUGAAGCAGGUGACAAUAGCAGAGAGUCAAUCUGGAUGGAAGAGAACGACGUGCAGGCUCGCCUGAGGGCGGGUGGCGCCCACGCCGGCUUGUUGGGCGGAAGCCCACUUUCUCUUCUACAGGGAAUCAUACCAGGUACAAAAUGGUGCGGGACGGGCGACAUAGCGGAUGACUACCACGACCUGGGCGCAGACCGCGCAUUGGACCGGUGUUGUCGCACUCACGACCUCUGUCCGACCAAGGUGCGCGCCUUCUCGAGACGAUAUAACCUCACCAACAACUCUCUGUAUAGCAAAUCUCACUGUAAAUGCGACGACAUGCUCUUCGAAUGCCUCAAAGCAACGAAUACCUCAGCGUCGCACCUCAUGGGUCACAUCUAUUUCAAUUUAGUCCAAGUUCCUUGUUUAGAAGACCGACCGAACGGUAUACGAUUUCGAGAGGCUCGACCCGGCUUCUAG